GCUGACGGCCUGUGUAGUUCUGAAAUAAAUAUUCAGUGUCUCUCAGGUGUGUAAUUAUUGGCUUGUUGCACACCAGAUGACAAAUCGGAUUUUGUGGAUAACUGGCAUGCAGCAGGCUGAGCUCAUAGCCCAGGUGAUGGAGCUCAGGCGACUCCGGGCUUCUGAAUGUGGCACAAAAAGGAGCACAUCAACUGAAGGCAAUGAACCCUGUGAAAAGAAGCCCAGGGCACAAAUCACUGUAGAAGAUAUCUGUAACCCACUGAAGACUCAGCAUAAAAAAGAACCUCAAAAGCAUGAAAAGCCCCGUAUAUGUUUGCAAACUCUAGACAGACUGAGAGAAUUCUGCAGUGAUUCAGACCAGCAGUGUACCAGAGUCCAGGAGGAUGGUUUUCAGGAGAAAGAGUCUGAGAGUUUGGAAAAACGCCCCAGUAUUACUGGGAGAAGUUCAGAACUGAAGAACCCUCUUCCAUCUUGGGAUACUGAGCCAAAGGUUGCUCAGAAGGAGGAGGUACAAUGUGAUCUGAGUCAGUUUUCUGCAUCUCAUAAAUCCCAUGAAAAUACUCAGAAUGCUUUGGAUACAAAUCUUAAUAAAAGAACCAAAAGCAUUUACACUCCAUUAGAACUUCAGUUCAUAGAAAUGAAGAAACAGUAUAAAGAUGCUGUUUUGUGUGUGGAAUGUGGAUACAAAUACCGCUUCUUUGGAGAAGAUGCAGAGAUUGCAGCUAGAGAACUGAACAUCUAUUGCCACCUGGAUCACAACUUUAUGACUGCCAGCAUUCCAAGCCACCGGCUGUUCGUCCACGUGCGGCGCCUUGUGGCGAAGGGACACAAGGUUGGAGUAAUAAAACAAAUGGAAACUGCAGCGCUGAAAGCUGCUGGAGAAAACAAAAGCUCUCUCUUCAGCCGUAAGCUGACUGCCCUCUACACUAAGUCCACACUUAUUGGAGAAGAUGUGAACCCUUUGCUGAAGCUGGAUGAUUCUGUAGAUGUUGAAGAGGUAACAACAGAUGUCCCUGAUAACUACCUCCUCUGUUGCUGUGAAAAUGGGGAAAACCUAAGGGGCAGGAAGAAAGGUGACAUUGUUAUAGGCAUUAUGGCGAUCCAACCAACUACCGGAGAAGUAAUUUUUGACUGUUUUCGGGACUCUGCUUCUCGCUCAGAAUUGGAGAGUCGAGUUUUGCGCCUGCAGCCAGUUGAAAUAAUUCUUCCAUCCAGGUUGUCAGAUCAAUCUGAAAAGCUCAUCAGCAGUAUAACCUCCAUGAGAUUACAGGAUGACAGAAUUAGGAUAGAAAGGAUGCAAAACCUCAGUUUUGAAUACAGCCAUGCUUUCCAGCUGAUUACUGACUUCUAUGCAAAAGAAGUGCCUGGUACCACAGGUCCCCAGAAACUAUCUGUAAUACUAAGCUUGGAUAAGCCUGUUAUUUGCUCUCUGGCAGCAGUAAUUGCAUAUCUUAAAGAAUUUAAUUUGGAAAGGAUGCUUUACGAUCCAAGCAAUUUCAAACAGUUGUCCAGUGAAACUGAAUACAUGACAAUUAAUGGGACAACAAUGAAAAAUCUUGAAAUUUUGCAGAAUCAGACUGACAUGAAAACAAAAGGAAGUCUGUUCUGGGUCUUGAAUCAUACUAGAACUUCCUUUGGACGUCGAAGACUGAAGAAAUGGGUGACCCAGCCUCUCAUGAAAUCCAGUGAAAUAAAUGCCCGGCUUGAUGCUGUGUCUGAAAUUCUGCUGUCAGAAUCCAGCGUGUUUGGUCAGAUUCAAAAUCUUCUUUGUAAGCUGCCAGAUUUAGAGAGAGGCCUCUGCAGUGUUUUUCACAAAAAGUGCUCAACCCAAGAGUUCUUCCUGAUAGUCAGCACCCUGUCUCGCCUGCACUUGGAAAUCCAAGCUCUUGUCCCGAUCCUGCAUUCCCAUGUGAGAUCUCCGCUAUUAAAAAAUGCACUGUUGGAAGUCCCAGAGCUUCUCUCCCCAGUAAAACAUUAUUUAAAGAUCCUUAAUGAAGAAGCAGCCAAGACUGGAGAUAAAACACAAUUGUUCAAGGACCUUACAGACUUCCCUGUCAUCAGAAAGAAAAAGGAGGACAUCCAGGAUGUGCUUUCUAAAAUCCAAUUGCAUCUGCCAGACAUUCGUAAACAGAUUAAGAAUCCUUCUGCUGAGUAUGUUACAGUUUCAGGUCAAGAGUUUCUCAUAGAAGUCAAGAAUUCCCAUAAAUCAUCUGUGCCAUCUGACUGGGUUAUGAUUAGUAGCACAAAAGCUGUGAGCCGCUUCCACUCCCCUUUUAUCAUAGAAAAUUAUAGACAUCUGAAUCAGCUCCAGGAGAAGCUCAUCCUUGACUGCAGUGCUGAGUGGCUGAACUUCUUAGACCAUUUCAGUGAACAUUAUCACCCUGUGUCUAAAGCCAUUGGUCACCUAGCAACUGUCGACUGCUUGUUUUCUCUGGCCCAGGUGGCUAAACAAGGAGACUACUGCAGACCAGUUGUGCAAGAUAAUCAUCAAGAAAUAAUUAUAAAAAAUGGGAGGCACCCUGUGAUUGAUGUACUUCUGGGAGAACAGGAUCAGUAUGUUCCAAAUACCACUAACCUUUCAGGAGAUGGUGAAAGGGUCAUGAUAAUAACUGGGCCUAACAUGGGAGGAAAGAGCUCCUACAUCAAGCAAGUGGCCUUGAUCACAGUCAUGGCACAGAUUGGUUCUUAUGUUCCUGCGGAGGAGGCAACAAUUGGAAUUGUGGAUGGUAUUUUUACCAGAAUGGGAGCAGCAGACAACAUCUACAAAGGCCGAAGUACCUUCAUGGAAGAACUGACAGAUGCUGCCGAGAUAAUAAGAAAAGCCACUCCAAGAUCCCUGGUGAUCCUGGAUGAGUUGGGCAGAGGGACAAGCACACACGAUGGAAUUGCCAUCGCUUAUGCUACACUUGAACACUUCAUUAGAGAUGUGGAGUCCCUGACCCUGUUUGUCACUCAUUAUCCCUCUGUUUGUGAGCUGGAGAAACUGUAUCCAGACAAAGUUGGUAAUUACCACAUGGCUUUCCUGGUGAGUGAGGAGGAUACCGGUGAACAAAAAGGAUCUGAAGUUGAAGAGAAUCCUGAAUUUAUCACUUUUCUUUAUCAAAUAACUAAAGGAAUGUCUGCAAGGAGUUAUGGGCUAAAUGUUGCCAAACUGGCAGAUAUUCCUGAAGAAAUCUUGAAGAAGGCAGCUCACAAAUCAAAGGAGUUGGAAAGAAUAGUGAAUAUGAAAAGAAAGAAAAUGAAGUCUUUUGCUGAAGCAUGGAAGAUAAAUGAUUCUCAGGAACUGCGGAAGUGGAAAAAAAAAUUUUAAUGCCUUUGUGCAUCUUGUCUUGAAGGUGUUGCCUUCAGAAAUCACAGUGCCACAGGUGAUCAGCAAAACUGGCAGAGAAUUUUGAUGAGAGAGAAAGAGAGGGAGGGCUAGGUUCACUGUCACUGUCUUUGUGUGUUUGGUUAUAUAAAAAAAGUCAUUACAGAAUAUGUAGGGUAAAAUACAUUACCAGUACAAUUACCUCUUUUGCUGGCAGACAACAUCUUUCACUGAAGUAAUUCUCUAGAGGAUUUCUCUUUGUGUUGCAAAGUUUUCCAGCAGUUUUUAUAGAAAUUACAUGAAUUCGCCUACCACAUAUGUUUACAAAGUGUAUAAAUCAAUUUAAAGAUCACUGAAAUGUCAGCUCAGUCAGGUAUUGCAAUAAAGUGUGUUUUCUGCAAUGAAGCUAAUGUUUGUUAAUGAAAUCUUUCUGAAAGUAAAUUAUAAAAAUAUUUCUACUAAAUGUAAAAUUGUUGAGAAUUUUAUUCUAUUCUUUUAGUAUAAAUACCUUACUAGUUCUGAUAUAAAAGUGUGUUUCCUAGGGAAAUAAAGGUUUGGUGGAUUGUGUUGCCCUGAGAGUAGUGGGACUUCCCUAAUUACGUUAUAGAUUUUUUUUCCUUGCCUAGGCUCAGAGACAGGUAGAAAGCAAAGGAUAUUUUCCUAAUUUCUUAAAAAUCUUAAGCAAUUUCUGAAACAAUUAUCUUUAUGUGUAAGAUGCAAGGCCUUGCAGGCUAUGCUGUAUGUUUCUCUGAUUUAAGCCGUAAGUGAACUGUGGGGAGAGACAUAAGACAUUUAUAGUUUUCAAAUAUUUAUGUUCUUUUGAACUUGCAAGGAAUCUGUAAUUUUAUUUUUUUUUUUACUGCCCUCCUUCCAAAAGUUUCCAUGUAAGUAAAAGUGGGUUUUUAGGUGUUAUAAAAUAAGGUCAUUUUCAUUUAGAAUACUGGUAGCUGCCACUAGUAAUAAUAAUGAAAAAUGCUUUUGAUGUUAAUAGAAUUUUUAGCCCUUUUUCUUUUAUUUUUCAAGCGGUCACUUUUUAUGACUUUAUUAUACUAUAGGAAAAUGGGUGAUUUUUGGGAAAGAAGGGAUUGGAAAACACAACACACGGCAGAUAUCAAAUGCACAAUCUGCAAUAAAGAAGUAGAAAUC